UUCCCUGCCUGGCUUGAGAGGAGUGAGGAGGGUCCAAUUUAUGCCCCCAGUUAAAAGAAGAAGAAACAACUGCACUUGUGGGACCUGAACGUUUAACACAAGCCUGGAAUGGGCGCGGUUUCGAAGAAGGGGGAGGAUCCCGUCGAAUUGCCACCGCUUUAGCACACCCGUUUCAGACAUCCACAGCCCACAGCGGGUACCGGUAACACGAAAGGCCUGUUUCUGCAAAUGGGCUUCUUUGAUUGAAGUUGAUUCUUCGCAUGUGUGAUACGGCACUGCUGCAGGGUUCCGAUUGAUUUUGGCAGGGCUUUGAUUUCGAAGUACCUUUUCGACGUGAUUUCGACCCAGAGCAUAAUAUUUCGCCAGUGUGGACUUUACUUUCUCGCUUCUUUACAAUAAAGGACACUUUUUGUUCUUCUUCUCUUUAGAAGAUUCCGAAGGAAGCAGAGAAAAGAAUUCAGCACACCAGCAUUACUGUGUUAUUCGAGGCAUAAAACAUUCUUCUACAAGCACACUAGCGGUUUUUCUCUGUGCCAGGAGAGAAUUUAUUGUGCUUGUUAUAAUAAUAUAACUUCAACGUGUGCACGUUUCACAGUUUUUAGCUCAAGUGUGCUUUCAAAUUGUUUACAGGGUAGGCUGAGUGGCUGUGAUUUGUCAGAGUAAAUUUAUAAGAUACCACUUGUGUCACAAGUCUAGAAUCAUGGAACGGAUAAAUCGUCUUUCUGCUUUUCUCUUCGUUGUGAUUACCUGCGUUUCAGGUGUGGAGGGUGCCACCAAGGACAUAGUUGGACUGGCCGUUGCUGCAUCCAUCAGUUUUCUGCUUCUAUUCAUCGUGGUGUUCUUCAUUGGCUUGUCAUUUUCAUGGUCUGCCUGGAUCAAGACCUGGUUCCGUAAUAGAGGCAAGGUGAAAAUGCCCAGAGCCUACUUCAAGAAGAAGGAGGAAGCUAAGAACCGUCUGUUGUCCGCCACCAUUUCCCACGCCAGCGCAUCGGUGAUCAACGGCCACCCGCCAGCCCAGAGUGUGGACAGGGCCGUAGCAUCGUUUGCACCUUCAAUUUAUUCAAAGGCGUCCUGGGUACAAGGAUGGAGCCAAAGAAGCCAUAACUUCAGCAACGUUUACGAAGAACAGGAUAUGACACUGGCAUUAGGUGAAGAAAAGGAUGACGAGUUCAAGAUUGAGACAGUUCUUGUUGACAACGAGGUGCUGGACGUUGGCCCUUUCAAGAGUGUACAGCCAGAUGAGCAGCCUACUAAAGGAGACAUUUACCCUGAGCCCUACAUCUACACCACAGCAGACAAGCUUCCUUCUGUCAAAGAAGACAAUGCGGCAGCAUCCCCAACUUUCAUCACGCAGCUGGAACCAGAGAUGCUUGCGAGUAAUUCCACCCCUGGUGAAAUGAAAGAAUCACAAGUAGGACCAGUGAUUAUUCAAGAAGCAGAGAAUAUCUCCACCUUUGAUGGCAAUCUUGUAAGACUGUAGUUAUUAGGAGCAGAAAAAAAAAAGUUUAAUGGAGUCCCCUAAUAACAGACAUUAAAUUAAUGACCAGAGUUUUGUUUUGUAUCUUGACUUAUUUGUAAUAUUACUCCCAGAGACAAGAUUCGGGUGUUAAAUUAAAAAUGUUUAGUAUUGUCACAUAUGAAAGGAAGUACGGCAAAACAAAUUUGAAAAAAAAGGUCAUUUUUUGAUGGGGAAAAGCAGAAUCUAUUUUUUGUGAGUUUAUUAAAAGUGGACACCAGUGUACUGUGUAUAAUAUUGGAUAGGAUUCAGGAUUCUUAGCUACGAAAAAUAGCGACUUAAUUCUGAAUCUUCCAGUACAAAAUUAUCCCAGAAAUUAAGAGAAAAGCACAGCACAGUUGUUUAUCAAAACAAGCUACGUUUAUUUAAAUUUUGUUCAACAGUUUGUGUACUCUUUGGAUACAAAAUCUGUAAAUAUAAUGGAAUUUAUCGUGUAACUUUUUAGCUAAUUGUCCCACUGCUAUAAGUUGUCAUCUUGAUUACAUUAUUUAAAUAUAACAAUUCAAUAUAAUUUUAAAACAGAUUUCACAGAUAAAAAAUUUUUUUUAAGAGUAUGAAAAAUGGGAAAAGGAACAUAAGAGGGGGAGUGAGAACAAAACUUGAAGGUCGUGUCUUCUGUGGCUCUGUUUUUGCUGCAUGCCAACAUCAUUGCCAUAGUGCAGAACAGUAAAAUCUUGGUAGCUCUUACUGUGACUACAGCCUGCUGUAAAUUGCAAACUGCAAAGUAUGUUUGACUAGGUCCCAAGUUUCAGGAUCACCUUUGUCAAAUACUACAGCUUCAAGCGGUAUGUUGAUGGUGUUGGAUAUAAACUGACCAAGUUGAGUGAGUUAUUUUUUUUCCAGAUCAGCAGAAAACUCGUCAAUUAAAAGUUAAAAGGAAUGUCAAACCACUAGCUUUUCUACAUAUAUGAAAUCAGGCGCUUGUCAAAAUAAUGAAAUCUAAGAAAUCUGCAAUUUUUUGGCCGAUGGGCAAUUUGAAAAUUUUUUUUCUUGGCUCAACACUUUUUAAUGUUCAUUCAAAAACAUAUUUUUGUAUGGGUUUUACUGAAAAACAUAGAUUAACGGUACAAAAAUUUAAAUUUACUGUUUUCAAGGACUCUUGGGCUUUGGAAGUUACAGAACUUUAGUGGCCAUUUUCUCGCUAAUUUUGCCACUGAAACCAGGUGACUUUGACCUCAUUCAAACACAAAUAUUUCGACUUCUAUUUGACAUAGAUGGAUAUUUUUUUCGCCAAAAGGAAGGCAAAUGAGCAGGUUUUAAGAUAAUACCUAUAUAACCCGAUAUGCCCUUAAAUUGACGAGCGCCUGAUUCCACCACGGCAUGACACAUAUGUUGUAAGGAUAGGAAGAGUACAGAACCUAGAUGAUUUAAAAACUUAUGGAGGAUCCAAUAAAGGAAGAAAGGGUACUAAACAAAAAGAAAUAGGGAAAUCUUGGACUGGUUGAUUUGCUUCUGACACCACUGAUAUUUUCUGCUGAUCGGCAAAGAGUUUUUUGCACCAAAUUUUACUGGUCAUGCUGUUUGUGUCUUCAUGCAUUCUGUUGUUUAUGUUUUACAGUGGUUUCAUUCACUGAAGGCAGAGUGAGAUGGAGGUGGAGUGUUUGUUUUCUGAACAAAAAUUGUACAUAAUACACUCACACUUAAGUGCUUAUGUUGUAUUCUGUAUGACCAUUCAGACAUUAUUAAGAAGGUGAUCCCUUUAACUACUGAUUGUGGUUUACUACAAAAUGCACAAAAGAAAGGCUUUUUUGUUAGCUGUUGUGGGUUUUUAUUUCUAUUCUCAUGCAUAAUGCUUAGUGUAAUAUUGGAAAUUAACCCUUAUAUAGGUAAGGCAGAAAUGCCUGUCGAUUGGUAGGUAAUAAAGAAGAAACUGUGCUCUGCAGAAAUCACUUUUGAAACAGGCAUAUAAAGAUCUUGAAUAGUACCCUACAGAGAGUUUCAAUGGAAUUUAUGUGGAUGUACCUAAAAAUAUAAGGGUUAGGUCAUACUUUGUAAUUAAGACAAAUAAGGUUCAUUAUUCCCUUCCGCUGACAUUACAAUUCGAUAAUCAAUAUUACUACUAGAGCAUGACGAGUGUACAGGGAGGUUUCAUUUUUUUUCUUCCUAAGAUUUCACCAUAGAAUUUAUGAGAUAAGAAAUAAACAGGCUGUGACAUUUGAACAAUUUUUUCAUGAUAAAACAGAGUUUUGUUCUUUCAUAAGUUAAAUCCUGAGAACUUGUCCAUUUUUUGUUCUCCAACAUUGUUAAGAUAAGAUUAAAUGUCUUCCGUAUUAUGCCUGCAUUUCCUGUGUUUGAAAAAGCAGACAAAGGUAGCUUCCAAAUUUUCUGGAGCUUGAUUUGUUUUCUUCAUUCCAUAUCUCGAUCCUAGUUUACAUAAUGAAUAAAGACUUACUUGUAUAACUUUCUAUGUUUGAAAUAUAGUACUUAUUUUACUAUUCAUAAUCAAUACUGGUUUUUUUCCUUUUCAUUUUGCUGUCUCACGUAUUAUCAUCAAUACUAUUUAGAAAGCAUUUCAAUUGAUCAUUACAGUAAAGCUUCGCUAAGGUGUGAUUUUAAUAUGAUAUUCCAGCAUCCAUGUUCACAUCUAAACAUCUGGGUUAAAACGCAGUAAUAUCAGUGAAACCUGAAGAGCUUCAAGCAUAAAAAAAAAAUCCAUGUUAAACGAAUUUGAUCUUACUUUUUCAAAACUGAGUAACUGAAAGUGAGUACCAAGUAUAUAUAAGCUUUGAUGCUAUUGAAGUUCUUAAAUUGCCUUCUGGGCACUCACCAAAUCAUUACACCUAGCUCCUUCCACUGCUUUGAGUUUCUAAGAAAGUUCAAGAUAGUUUGGUUAUAUUUUUGUUAUUGAUCUAGUAUAAUUUGAUUUUCAAAAUUACUGCCAUUUCUUUAAAAGUGAUAGUUAAAUGUUUUAUCUACAUGUUUUUUAACAUGUUGUUUUUUAGAAAAGGUUUCCUAACAUGUGAGAGAUGCAAGAUUUAAGAUCUUGACUUCUUUACUUAAAAAAAAAAUGCUGAGAACAAUAUAGUAGGCUAAUAUUUAUUGUUCCGUUAACCAGUAAAAGGGUAUGUGUACUACCUUUUGAAUAUGUGACGAAAGUUUGUGUUUUCUCUAAGCUGGCAACAACAUCGUAGUAACUUUAAAGAGGUUAUUCCCCAUGUUUUGAAUGCAGCAUGGCAAAGACGUACAAAAAUGCGCGGAAGGGAAGAAGUGUAUGAAGCACCCAUAAUGAAUAAAUGGUAACUUUGUCAUAAUAGUCAGAUAAUAUCUGUCUCCAUGAUCCAAGUGAUCGAUUUUAGUAUUAUAGUAACAAAAUAUGGCACUCUUCAAGAAUUACAUCAUUUCAUAGCAUGUGAAGAAGUUAUGCUUAUGAAAUUAGCGCUCCGAGUAAGUGUAUAUAUUUAUAUUUAAGUGGAACCUUUGUUGAUACUGUAAGUGACUUAACCUUUUGAGCCCUGGGUAUCGGUUCACGUAUGGGUGACAUUUAAAACUGCUCGUAUGACCAACCACUGAUACAGCAGUGAGUAAGACUCUAUCCCCAAACUGGGACAAAUUGGGCGCGGGAAACCGUGUUUGCUGCACAAGACGUUACCUAUUAUUUUGAAGAUCUAUCUGAAUUAGAUGCUGGUUAUGAUGAGAACAACAAUGAGUGGGAUAUGGAAUGUGUUUCUGAUGAUAACAUGAAUGUGAGUCAUAUUAUAUCGCUCAGGAGCACAGGCAGAGGGGCAUGGUAGCAUCAGGAGUCAGGGCUCAAAGAAUUAAAAGCAGAAAUUGUAUUCCUGUAGGAGAAAUGAGUUCAUUUAAAUUAGUAGGAUCUUAUGUUCAGGUCAAUGUAUUGGACAGUUUGAAAACCUGGUAGAUCUAUAUGUUAUAUCAACCAAGCAUGAAUUUCCAUAUACAUGACUUUAAAAAAUAAAAAAAAUAUUUUAAAUGGACAAAAGGAUGUGCACACUCAUUCACGCACUACUGCACACGCACACACACACACACAUACACACACUCAUGCACACACAAACACACAUACACACACAGUCACUCACUCCUCCAUACAGUUUUUUCAUAUGUCAUAGUGUUUUUUUGGGGCAGUUUUAACUCAAAUGAUCAAAAGAUCAAAAGCUUCAAAUGCAGUUCACCACUUGGACUUAUUACUUUGAUCAUAAAAUCAUACAUCAAGCUCUUCAAGGUGUUACAAGUUUGUUUUGUUUUGAGCUGUAGUGGGACUUAAAAAGGUGAACUAAGUUAAUAGGAAAUAGAGGCAGACUGUGAUAGGCACAAGCAAUUCCCACAUGCAGCUAGAUCUGUACACUCAUUUCAACACAGAUGGACACGAUACAUGGAGAGUUGAGCUUUGCUUGUUGUUGAUUUUUCCCUGACUUGUCUCUGAGUUUUCUAGGUCUGUUCAUGUAACCAUCAAAGGUUGUGCAGAAAGUGUUCAUGGAUUACUUUUGAUGGCAAAGUACUCAUGAAAUGUGCAUAGUCUAUUUGGCUAUAAAUAAGGUUGAUAAAGUAGGCUACUAGCCUACUUUUUCUCUUCCAUUAAGAUUUAUGAAAGUAUAACUUUUAAUUUUUCUCAAGGGCAUGUACAAUGAACUUUUUGUUUUAUGCUUGGAAUAUUUUUAAACACACCAAUUUCGUCUUAUAUUUUAUGCUAUUUCGCAUUUCUGCUCAUGUUAUUUGUGAACUGUAGACAGAAGAGGGAGAUUCAUAAUGACGGUUUCUUAUUUUCAGACUGCAUUACAAAAACAUCAUGAUGGAUGUACAUAUCAUGACACUUUUGACAAUAUUAUUAGUAUGGUGCAUAAAAUACGUAUGCCAAUAAUACAGUUGUUAUUAUAUGUCAUUGUGACCAUGUGUAUGAAAAUAUAUGUGGUCUAAAGGUUUAUUCAAAGAUAAGUUGUAACCUUGUAACCUUCUCUUUGCCAUAACUCGUUGGUAACUUGGAGUAGGCCUAAGAUACAGAGAUCAAAAGUGAGUUUGAAAGUAUACUUGUUGCAGGCCUAUUGUGAUUUUUUGAACAAGACUCCAAACCACUAGAUUUAAAAAUGAAAAUGGGAAUGAUAAUAAUUGUUAUGAUGAUAACUGCAUACAUUGUAUAUAUAGUGCAUAUUCUCAGUCAAAAGUAGACUCUUUUGUGCUUUGGAGUCUAUUAUGACUAGUUUAUUAUUACCCAAACAGACCCCACAACAUUUUGAAACAUUCUGAAUUUCGUAGGAUCUCGAAACAUUCAACUCAAGCUGAUACUUUACAGGCACUCAGACACGAACAUACUUUGGAAAAGAUCUUUUGCUGUCUAAGCUUGAUGCUCAUUCUCACUCGGCUGAAGUGAGGACACUUUGUAUAAUGUGUCUUUUCCAAGGACACAACAUUGGGCCUUGACCAGGAUUCGAACCUGCAACUUCAUGGUUGUGAGUCCGGCAGUGAUUAUGAUUAGGCUACCAACAUAAUAUCAUGUGAUGUACAUUUUGUGGAAAAGUAUUGAUUCUAUAAACUAUUUAAAAUAUUUAAUAAAACUAUUAUAUCCCACUUUGUUAUUAUACUGGGUUUUAAAAAAUAGUAUUCUGUUACAUGUAUAGCAAUUGUUUUACAGUUGCUUUUCAAAGUUCAUUCAAGAGGGAUUCCUGCAAAACACAUGUUAUAUUUUGUGGUUAGCAUAAUUAGAUAAUUAGAGAGCCCGGUCAGACUGAUUUUUAAAAAACGCUUGUAAUGUGUGUAAUGUGGUCAUAAAUACACAAAGAUUAUUUUGCAA